GUCAGUUGAUCUCGUUUAAGCAGUGAAUCUCUCCUGUUUGUUCACUUGAUUUGGGCCCCGUUUCAUGUUGUUUUCAAAACAACAUUUCGUGUAGAUUUAUCUAUCUUCGCCGAAGAAUGAGCGACAACGAUGAUAUCGAGGUUGAUAGCGAUGAAGAAUCACCGAGAUAUCACAAUGUGGCUGACAAACGGGCACACCACAAUGCGCUGGAGCGCAAACGAAGGGACCACAUCAAAGACAGCUUUCAUAGCCUUCGGGAUUCUGUUCCCGCCUUGCAAGGCGAAAAGCAGUCUAUCAAACAGGCAUCCCGAGCUCAGAUUCUAGACAAAGCUACAGAGUAUAUACAGUACAUGCGACGGAAAAACCACACACACCAGCAAGACAUCGACGAUCUGAAGAGGCAGAACGCUCUGCUGGAGCAACAAGUACGGGCACUGGAGAAAGUCAAGGGGACCACACAACUUCAGGCCAACUACUCUUCUUCAGACAGCAGCCUGUACACCAACCCCAAGGGCAGUGCUGUAUCAGCUUUUGACGGUGGAUCUGACUCGAGCUCAGAGUCUGAGCCGGAAGAACAGCGUUCCCGAAAGAAGCACCGUGCAGAGGACAGCUAACAAGCAGGUCUUCGACCUGUUCCACAAAGUUCUCCUUUGAGGGGAGGGAGAGUCAUAGCAAUGGCCAGUUUAUUUUUAUUUUUUAACCAUACUUAAAAGUCCCCGAACACCUUAAUUGAUCAUCCAUUGAAUGUCAACCAGAGAACCCUUGAUUCCAACACCUACAGAAACCUCCUCACCAGAUUACAAGAGCAAAGGACACCCAUUAGGGGAAGAAGAUUUGUGAUCGAAAACAUGGCUUGUUUUUUCUCUCCCUCCCUCUCCAACUGUUCGUCCAUCUUGUGUCCUGGCACACGCAACAACAAACGAUGAUUUAAACCCAAAAUGAGGCAGCUUUGCAACUUAAGGACUUGAUGUUUUUGUGUACCCUUGUCUGCAAUCCCUACAGGAGGAAUCCAAAGGGGUGAAAGAGGCGUACAGCUCAAAGCACUGCUAAAAUAUACUUUUUUUUUCUCUCUCUCUCAUUUUUUUGUUGUUGAAUAUCUUAAAACCUGCUUAGAACUUACCCUUAGCUGAAUUGUUUGAGUGGUUUGCCUUUCUAAAUAUUUGUAACUUUUCCAUAAAGAAAUGUUAAAUUGCUUUAAAGCAUCAAUCAGUGCACCCCUGUUAGACCUAUGGGAUGAGUGACAAGUUUUGACAUGUUAUAAGUCAACUCCCUUAUUUAAAUAGAAAAUGAAACAUGCUUUAUGGGAAGACUGCUGAGCUUGUGUUGUAAUUGUUGUUUUAGCCUGAUGUAGUAAAGUUUACAGGUUGAAAUAUAAUUAUUUUUUUUAAUGGGGGUGAAAAAGUGAUAAACGCAUUUCCCUCUAUAUUGGGAAUAUAAAAGUUCCAAAUGUGGUUUUACCCACAGAGUUAGUCAAUAUUGAAAGAGUAGAUUCAUGUUGUGACUUUUAAGGUAAAUGUUCAUUGGAAAUUUUAAAGCAGCACGCCACAAAGAGUUUUUGAGUGGCUAGGGGCUGAGUGUAUAUCUUUAACCAUUAUUUUCCAUUUAGGACAUUAGUGAAACUGAAUAGGUCUUAUGUCUGAUUCAAUUCCAUGGAAAUUACAGGUAUGUUGUACAUACUGCCAACAGUUGUCUUGCAAGUUGAGGCCUACCUUUACAACGAGAAUAUAAAUAAAACUAUUUUAUCCUUUA